AACAUGCACUCUCUAAAGACUAGUUGCGCUGGGCAGAUAUUUGCUCUCGCCAAGCCACACGACUCUGUAGGCAAGAGGACGCGUAAUCGGAUUCCAAAAGAGGAGAGGAAGACCCUGGUCAAAUCUUUCAUUAACAAGCAUCGAAGGCUAAACAAUGGGAGCUUUCCUUCACUUAGCCUCACUCACAAGGAAGUUGGUGGCUCUUUCUACACCAUUAGAGAGAUUGUCAGAGAGAUCAUCCAAGAAAAUAGAGUCCUUGGUACUAGUGACUUGAUUCUUCUUGACGCCAAAGGCGAUGGUGAUGACCAGUUGCAAGAUCAAUCUCUUUCAAGAUCCACUGUCCUGAUGAAUCCUGUGCCCCCUCUAUUUUUGUCUCCAGACGGUUUACAUUCUCGCUCCGAGCCUGUGGAGGCUAAGUCACCUGUAAAUGGUGAAUACAUUAAUGUUAGCAAGGUUGGCCUGGACGACAGAGGAUCUGAUAUAUCGAAGUACAGGGAAGUGAAUGGUUAUAAACUUUCCGAGCCAGUGGGCUCUUCUACUGACGUAUCCAGGACUCAGUUUGCAGCAGCAUCUUGCAGUGAAGUGAUUGAUGCAGGGAUGCAUGAUGAUAAUGGGGAGACAAUAUGUGAUAGUUUACCCCAGGAUAAAGAAGUCGAGGUGGAUAACAAAGACAUAGGAUUUGAGGCAGAGAUACAUUUCAUUGAAUCAGAAGGCAAAAACCCUUUGAACAAUAACCAAAGUGUGAAAGAUGAUAAAGCAGCAAUCAAGGAUACAUUAGGCACAUUUGAUUUGUUGCCAGCAGAAACAGUUGUUGAGACAUUCUCAGUAACUCCUAGUGAGUUGGCUAAAGUUUGUGAGGCUGGGAAAGAAACUGAGGCAAAGGUGGAAAAUGAUAGCAGCACUGAAGAUCUUGUAGAGAUUCCGUCAUCCAUUUCUGCUGUACUUGAAGAACAAGGGACUGAAGAAGUCACUGUUGUUGCUCAAAUGCCAAAUCAUAUCUCUGUCACUAUAGAAAAGAAAGUUGAAGAGGAAUCUGUGAUUGGCAACAUCCAUGACACUAAGGAAUUUCGUUAUGGAAGUUUAACAACCGAACAGCCAAUUAUGCCAACAUCUGGUACUGAGUCUGGAAGUUGUAAGAACGACAUAGCAAGGAGUGAAGUCACAAGUGUAGAGAAGGCAACCGUGGAAAAAAAGAAAUUCGAUGCUUCGUGCUCUCAGAAAGGAAACAUUGCAACAUUAAACCGAAUUAAACUUGAAUCGUGGAAAGGGCAAUCUAACGUGGCAGGACCGGAAACAAACCCCCUUUUGGUAGUUCUGAAAGCUUUUUUGACAGCCUUUGUGAAGUUUUGGUCCAAGUAAUAAUAUAUUGUAGAGAUAUUUUUGUUGAGUAUUAGUAGUUCCCGUUAGUGAGAGUUGAUAAGGUUAAAAGAUGAGAUAUGGUUUGCAAUGUACUGUACAAUUUUUUGUUUGUU